AUGGAGCGCCAAAGAGCGGUGCGGAAAGAACCAAGAGGCCACAGACACCAAAUGCAAUGCACCCCGUUCUCUGUUUUGUCCUUCUCAAGGAAGCUUGACGUUGGCCAGCCUCCUUCAACGGGAGCCUUUCUAGAGCAGAGGUUGGAACACCCCACGCAGUUUCGGAAAUUUUAUGAAAGAGGAGAUUUCCCCCUAGCUUUAGAGCAUGACAGUCGAGGGAGCAAAAUCGCCUGGAAGGUGGACCUUGAAAAAAUAGACUAUCAUUACUACCUGCCAUUAUUUUUUGAGGGCCUUGCAGAAACGGAGCAUCCAUAUGCCCUUUUCGCUCUUAAUGGUGUGCAUGAUUUAUUAAAGCGUGGAGACGGCCGUGUCUUGCCUGUGGUUCCGCAACUUAUUAUACCCAUAAAGAAGGCUCUGGAGUUGAAGAAUCACAAAGUGUGUUGCACUGUUUUAAAAGCACUUCAACAUCUCAUCGUAUGUGAAAAUAUGAUAGGUGAAGCCCUGGUUCCAUAUUAUCGACAAAUUUUGCCCGUAUUAAAUAAGUUUAUAAACAAAAACAAGAACUUGGGAGACGGAAUCGACUAUGGGCAGCAGAGAGGGGAAAAUCUCGGAGAGCUAAUUCAAGAAACAUUGCAAUUGAUGGAGAAACAUGGAGGUGAAAACGCCUUUAUUAACAUUAAAUAUAUGGUACCCACCUACGAAUCAUGUCAGUUUCAGUGA